GCUGCGGUUGCCGGGGCGACGACUGGAGAAGUGGAGGCAGGGCCGGGUAGGCGCGUGUGCCCGGGGCAGAGCAGCAGAGAUUUUUGCUGUGAGAAUUAACAGUUUCGGUUCAAUAUGGGGGACAUUCUGGCUCAUGAAUCAGAAUUACUUGGACUAGUGAAAGAGUAUUUAGAUUUUGCCGAAUUUGAAGACACCUUGAAAACAUUUUCAAAAGAAUGCAAAAUAAAAGGAAAACCAUUGUCUAAAUCAGCAUAUGGCUCUUUAAGGGACUCCAAGUCAUUGAUAAUCCAGAAGGACCUCCUGGAGGCAUUUGACAGUGGAGACCAGAAGGUGUUCUUCGAUUUGUGGGAGGAGCACAUUCCCAGUUCUGCCCGGGAUAGCGACUCCCUCGCCCAGAAGUUGGAAUUCUACCUUCACAUCCAUUUUGCCAUCUAUCUUCUGAAACACUCCAUAGGGAGACCUGACAAAGAGGAACUGGACAAAAGGAUUUCUUAUUUCAAAACCUACCUGGAGACCAAAGGGGCAGCGCUGAGCCAGACCACAGAGUUUCUCCCAUUCUAUGCCCUGCCUUUUGUUCCCAAUCCCAUGGUACACCCCUCAUUUAAAGAACUCUUCCAGGAUUCUUGGACUCCAGAAUUAAAGUUGAAGUUGGAAAAGUUUCUGGCUUUAAUUUUUAAAGCCAGUAACACUCCGAAGCUUUUAACAUUAUAUAAGGAGAAUGGACAAAGCAACAAAGAAAUGUUGCAGCAGCUCCACCAGCAGCUGGUAGAAGCUGAGCGUAGGUCAAUGACGUACUUGAAACGGUACAAUAAGAUUCAGGCGGACUACCACAAUCUCAUUGGAGUCACAGCAGAGCUGGUGGAUUCUCUGGAGGCCACAGUCAGUGGCAAGAUGAUCACCCCCGAGUACCUGCAGAGCGUCUGCAUCCGCCUCUUCAGCAAUCAGAUGCGGCAGAGCCUGGCGCGCAGCGUGGACUUCACGAGGCCCGGCACGGCUUCAACCAUGUUAAGAGCCUCCUUGGCACCCGUGAAAUUGAAGGAUGUCCCAUUACUGCCCUCCUUGGAUUAUGAGAAACUGAAGAAGGAUUUGAUUUUGGGGAGUGACCGCUUGAAAGCCUUCUUGUUGCAGGCUCUGCGCUGGCGCUUGACCACAUCGCACCCUGGAGAGCAGAGGGAGACCGUUCUGCAGGCCUACGUCAGCAACGACCUCUUGGACUGUCACAGCCACAGCCAGAGGAGUGUGCUUCAGCUGCUGCACUCAAAGAGUGAGGUGGUGCGGCAGUACAUGGCCAGGCUCAUCAAUGCUUUUGCAUCCCUGGCAGAAGGUCGCCGCUACCUUGCCCAGAGCACAAAGGUGCUGCGAAUGCUGGAGGAAAGGCUGAAGGAGGAAGACAAGGACAUCAUCACCCGGGAGAAUGUUCUCGGGGCCUUGCAGAAAUUCAGCCUCAGGCGCCCACUGCAGACCACCAUGAUUCGAGAUGGCCUCAUCUUCUGGCUGAUUGACAUCCUGAAGGAGCCCGACUGCCUGUCUGACUACACACUCGAGUACGCGGUGGCCCUGCUCAUGAACCUCUGUCUGCGGAGCGCAGGGAAGACCAUGUGUGCCAAGGUGGCAGGCCUCGUGCUGAAAGUUCUUUCGGAUCUGCUCGGCCAUGAAAACCACGAGAUACAGCCGUAUGUGAACGGAGCUUUGUACAGCAUCCUCUCUAUUCCAUCCAUUCGUGAGGAAGCAAGAGCAAUGGGAAUGGAAGACAUCCUUCGCUGCUUCAUCAAAGAAGGCAGUGCUGAAAUGAUCCGCCAGAUCGAAUUUAUCAUCAAGCAGCUUAAUUCAGAAGAGCUACUGGACGGUGUUCUUGAAUCUGAUGAUGAUGAAGAGGAAGGUGAUGAAGAGGACCAUGACACCAUGGAAGCUGAUCUGGACAAAGAGGAAGUGAUCCAGCCCCAACUUGGCGAACUCUCAGGCGAGAAGCUUCUGACCACGGAGUACUUGGGAAUCAUGACCAACACAGGGAAGGCGAGGCGGAGAGGGGCAGCCGGCGUGCAGUGGGGCGGCCCCGAGCCCCUGUGCCGGCCAGUCACCCCCAGUGGCCACAAGACCGGGUACCCAGUGCUGGAAGACCAUCCCAUCUCUCCCCAGAUGGCCCGACAUGCCAGAAACGGUUGCCUCCCAUCCCUGCCAAACGCCCACCGUCCAGUCUGUAAGGGGGUCAAGCCUGGUGCCCCUGAGCCUUGCUCUUCCUCUUCACCUGCCCUCAAUGCCAGGCCGGGAGAGUGGUUGCCAGCAGGACGUCAGGGCGAGGCUCGCCUGCCCCCAGCGGGGGCCCCGAGCCAGCCUAGGGAGGUGCCCCGUGCCCUGGACACUGGAGAGACCACCAGGGAAUUUACAUCAGACUUCUCCUGCAAGCCCUGGGCCCCCCGCACGCCGGAGAUCCUGGAGUUGAACCCACCCAAGGCCAAGGCAUCCGCUCUGGCCCCUCACUUCUCCUCGUGUGGCCCUCAGCAGGCCAGCCGCCCUGGCUCCAUAGCAUCCUCCACGAGGAGCCUGCAGACUUGCCUGGCUUUUCUUCUCCAGGCAGCCAGUCUUCCAGGAAGUGAGGAUGGGUUCUUGCCCGGUGUCACCGUCCCAUUGCCCAGUGACCAGCCAGCUUUCUGCUCUCGGCCCGCCAGCAGCUGCAGGGGACAGAUGUGAAGAGACAGUUGUCCACGAGCUACCAGGUGGCUUCAGGAGCUGAGGAGGACCGCCCUCCAGGCAUCCAGGAACAGGCCGACCGCAGCCCAUGCCCCAGGGUCCUGCCGCUGCCCUUCCUGCCCGCCCUCCCCCCAGCACCCAGCCGGGGCGCAGCAGGGCCGAGCCCAUGAGUCCGUCCCUCUCGUUCGUCUCAGGAGCUCGUACAGAGGAGCCAGAGCCAGACGGCUGGGCCAGAGACGGGACCCUGGCCUCAGUGGAAACUGGUCCUCCUCACCCAGACCAAGUAUGAGGAAACAGAAGGAAUUUACAAUAAUAGAAACAUUCUCAAGCCAGCUGCCUGAGCAGCAGACUUGGUAUGUUCUUUCUCUUUUAAAAUCUGGUAAGAAUGUGGUAUGUUCCCCUCUAUGGCUGAGAAUACGGCUGUUCCAUGCUUCUGCACAUGUGUUUUAAGGACUCAGAGGUUGACCAGUUUGAAGCCCUUUCCCUGCCUCUGUUACAGCCGUAAGCACAAGCAGUGCCACUGGCCGUGUGACUGGUCCCCACUGGAGAGGCCUGUGCUCACUUCUUGCCAUGGAUGACAUCAGGGCCCAUGUCUCAGGACAGAGGAAGAAACUUCUCCUGCAGAGCCAGCAGUGUUACCCAAGCUAGUAGCAGGGUUUGACCUCUCCUAAAACAGAAAUAUUCAAAUAAGAUUAUCAGUAUUUAGAGGGCCUGUGGGUGGGGGGGGUGGUAUGAAUAAAAUCACAUGCUGUCCCCCAGGCAGUCCGUCCACCCUGGCCAUGCCCAUCAGCGGAGACAUCUUUGUGAGCCCAUGGAUGUAAAUAAAGGAUAAGUGUUGCGUUUCUCAAUGGGCUUCUGACUCCCCAGGAGAGCAGGCAGAGGAGGUACACGGAAGAACACUGGAGCAGGCAAGAGGCCAGAUUACCCCUGAAAUGACCGGAAACACAUCUUGGGCGGGGACCCUGGGUUAAUCUCAUGAGUUCUUGGCAGUGGUGCCAGGCUGGGCACGUUAGUCCUCUGUGGUCAUGUGACUGGCCCAUCUUGAUUCUCUGGAGAUGUGUGAGCCUCUCUCUGUUCCUAGGGAAGAAGGUUGUGACGCACACUGCCCUGCCUUCUUGGGAAUGUCUGCUUCCAGGCCCUCUGGACUCCUGGCUUGACCUCUGGAGGCGUAGAGGGAAAACACAAACGCUUCUCUCAGUGUUGUCGAUAUGGACAAACAGGAGAAGCAGAGACUGGGUCCCUGAAACGGAGGUGCUCUGCCGUGAAACCUUGAAAAGGCAGAGAGUGUUUGUAGAUGAACAGCAGAGAGAUAUCGUGGAAAAAUUUCUCCCAUUCUCCCCAGCAAAUCCGCUCCCUUCAAAUUCCUCAGAUGCCACCGACUGGCACAGCCUUGCCCGGCCUUGGCGUGGGAGCAGCCCCAUCUCCACAAUCCAGAGGGAGUCGGCAACUUAUUCGUUACCACCCACAGUCUCCCUGAUGGGAGGGCGAUUUCUGUUUUCCCCCCAAGCCUGCAGAUGAGCUCAAGUCUGAUUUGUAGAUGUCUGGCCAUUUGGGGUAAAAAAAAAAAAAAGUGUGGGCAGACUUACACUGAGGUUACCAGGUGUCAUCCAGGUGGUUCUCCAGGGAGUAAAUAUGGUCUCGGCCUGUGGGAGAGCCCUUUUGCAGACACACACUUCCACAUCCCAAGGCUGAUGGUGCAAAAGAGACUUUGUAAAAUACUGACAAUUCAUGCGUAAAUAGUCCAGCUAUCUGCUGGCCUGAUGGGAACUGGAUAUGAACACGAUCUGACGGGGGCGGGAAUCAAACACACAAAUAAACCAAAACGUUUUCACAGGUCAUCUGGAAACCAAAUCAUACAGCUCCUAGGAUUUGUCCAUGAAACCUACCCAGGGUGGCCAUGGAGAGGAGUCUGGAACUUUCGAGAAAUGGGGGGGCUUCAGGAAGAGUCCUUGUGCCCCUGGAAGCUGACCCCAGCUCUCUGGUUACUGGCCCCUAAUUUCUCCUGAGUAGGACUUGAUCUCAUUUGUUUCCUUCACAACAACAUAUAAAUGUCCGGCAACAGCUUAAAUUAUGACCCUUGGUGGGAAUGUAUUGGGCUGGUAGGGGUUUGGAAUCCAGUCAGAUACCAGGCUCGCUCGGUAGGCUGGAAAGGAUCUGGCCCAAAUCAAGGGAACUUUAAAAAAAAAAGCACAAAUAAAUAAGAUUAAUGCAAAAAAAUCCAUGACAAAAUUUAUCAAACUUUUAAUAAAAACAGAAGCGGUGUGAUCUGUGCUUCUGUGACCCUACCUUGCUUGCAGAACCUUAAUCCCAA